CACAUCAGAGAGGGGAGACUGAUAAGAUGUCUUGCAGAUUUCACAGUGACCAGGCCCCAGUAGGGGUGAGGAGUCUCCUGAUGGUUUUUCUCCUUUUGAUAAAUGCUGACUGGUUUUGUCAAGCUCAGUGUCCUCCUGACGUUGUUUCUGUUUUUAUUCUUAAUGACAGAACUAUACAUGUGCCAUUGACGGAACCAUUGUGUCUUCAGUGUAGAUUCUUGGAUAAACAAGGAAACUUUUUUACAUUCUCUGAUGGUGUAUGGAGGAAAGGUAGCACUGUAUUGAAUGAUGGUGAUUUCAAUGGAAAUGUGAACUUAUCAAGCACAUCUGAUACUAUGCGUAUGACCCUUGAGUAUCCUGAUGAUCUUGUUAAUGUUGAUGAUACUAUUACUUGUUCAUCAUCAAGUACUGGUCAACAAAACAUUAUUACCUUUGGUGACUUUGUUUUUCUUAAUCCAACUGUAUCACCUGAUGGCUCAGUUGAUGUGACUGAAGGAUCUAAUUUAACAUUAACAUGUUCUGAUCCUGGUAAUACUGGUAUGCCACGUUAUGUAUGGAUUAAUGAUAGUGACGGUAGUGAAUUGACUCCUGUGAUUAAUAAUCCUCCGCUGAGUCUGAGUAUAAUUGAUAUUGAUAGAGCAGCUAGUGGGAGCUAUACUUGUCGAUUAACCCACAUUGUUUUGCCAGGAAUAAACAGGGAGACUACUGUAACUAUUAAUGUACAGCCAUUAAGUAAGCGUGAUAACAUAAUGUAUCAUAAUUAUUCUGUUUUUCUCUGUAAAGGCAUUCCACUUGUUGAUAUUUAUAUUUAUCAAAGCACAGGAUCUGUUAUUAUCAAUUGUACAUAUGAAACUUAUGAUAGCUCCAUUGAUGUGAAGUGGGAACGCAACGACUCAUUACUUGACCCUAAUAGUGAUCCUUAUAUCACAGUUAUCACACAAUCCAGCUACUCUGAACUCACAAUCUCAUCCCUCACCCAACAGUACAUAGGAGGUUAUCAGUGUAUUGUUACAAAUGGUGCUGGCUCUAUAAAGAGUGGAAAGGUUAACGUCACAAUAGACCCAAGUGUUUCAUCCUCAACUGGCAGUAUUAGUAAUACAUUACAAGCUACCAGCUCCAGUAGUGUAAUUCAGCCUAGUAGUACCAUCCAGCGAAGUAGUUCAAUCACUAUAUCACCCUCGAAUACUCAAGCUGUGUCUUCUCAAAAUGACAGGACAGUGGUGUAUGCUGUGAGUGGUUUAAUUGUUGGUGCUGUCCUAAUAAUCCUAGUUGUGGUGAUUACAGCUACAGGUUGUUAUUUCUAUAGACAAUAUAAAGCAACUGACAAAUAUGAUGUUAAUGGAGAAGCCACAUCAUUUACACUAGAAGAGUUCAACGAUGGUCCAGAAAAGGUAAACUAUAAUCUCUCUAUUGUUCCUUUUCCCCUUCUUUGGAACGCAGUGCCAUAAA